AUGUUUGUGCUUGCCUGCACUGGUCUGCACCCCGCCUCUGCACUUGUCUCUGCUUGUCUUUGGGCUUUUACUCGCAUUUGGUUGUUUCCGCAUGCCACCACUCGUCUGUGCUCGCUCGCACACAUCUGCACCUGCUGCUUCUCGCUGCCCUCUUCCUCCAAGGCUCGUGGUUUCGUUGCUACCUUUGGCACAGCACUUCAGGAAGCCUCGCAUGCUGCUAUAGAGACAAAAGACGAUGAGGACGAUUUGCAGGAUGCCCUUCGGCGGAAACGAAAGACGGAGUGGAAGCGAAGACAAGGGGGUCAAUCCUUCCUCGACAAUCCCACAAUCAACGUUCGAGGAGGCAAUGGAGGUGACGGAUGCGUUGCUUUCCACCGAGAAACGAUGCACCGCUACCUGCAACCCCAUCCGAGUCUGGCAUCCCCUAUCACCUUCUAA